UGUAAGUUUUUUGUUGCUUUCAUUUUGAAAGUUAAAAAUAAUUGUUUGCAUCCGCCUGUGAAGAAUUUUUCAAUGCAUAGUUUCAAUGCAUCUAAAUAUUUUCCAAUACUUGCGCAGCUGUUUCAUUUGUGGCUCUGGAAAGUUUUCAGCGAAUGUUUACAAACCGCUGUUUUCCUUUGGGUGUGUUGCGGGGUGGCGGUGCUGUGUUGGUGUGAGCGUGUGAAUCGUGGAUCGAUAGAAGGUGUUCUCCCUCAAACAUUUUCUUUGACCAAGGAUUAUACCAUUCAAAGUGUACCAGAGAGGUGCAUGAUGAAGCUCAUCUUGGGUGUUUUGUGCUCAUUACUAAUUGCUGGAAGCAAUGGAGCGGACAUGGUGCGUACCAACGCCGACGAGACGGACGGCAUACUGGUGAUGACGACCAAGACGCUGGUCAUCAACUGCUCUACCACGUCUGACGUGCCCAGCAACACCGUCACUUGGUACAAGUCUGUCGAGGGCGGCGAGCAGGAGGAAGUCAUCGGCGACAGCAACGUGAUCGUCGAGGGCGGCGUGCUCACCAUCAAGAAGCCGACCGAACUCGACGCCGGAAACUACACGUGCAGCUUCGCCACGGCAGCCGUGACGGACAAAACGGUCCAGGAAACCAUCCGCGUCAUCACGAAUGUGACCGUUGCUAUGCCGAGCCAGUCGAUCAACAAACAGGAGGGAGAUGAGGUGGUCAUCCUGUGCGAGCCCUUCGGACGGCCCCGGCCCGCCGUCACUUGGACCAAAGACGGCAAAGACGUCAAGGUCGCCAUCAAGAACUCGACGUCACGCCUGACGCUGAGUGCCGAUGACGACGGCAAUGUCGACGCGCGCCUGACGCUAACGGAUCUGCUGCGCCCGGAGGACGCUGGAGACUACUGCUGCCGUGCGGAGAACCUGGCCAACGCCGCCGAGGCCUGCAUCAUCGUCAGGGUCAAGGACAAGUACGCCGCUCUGUGGCCGUUCAUUGGCAUUGUGGCCGAGGUGAUCCUUCUGACGGCCAUCAUCUACAUCUACGAGAAGAAGAAGAGCAAGCCCGACAUGGACGACAGCGACACCGAUAACGGAAACGACAACAGGCCGGAGCCGAAGGGAGACGUCCGCCAGAGGAAAUAGACAUCUAGCGGCAAAAUCCAGCACCUGUAGUUUCAUCUUUGCCCGCCAGGUGGCCGGCGCGCGGCGAACGGGCGAGCCCCGGUCGGUCUCUGGGUGGCUUUAACGGAGUUCUCCGCUGUCUCGUGGUGGCCGAUACUCUGUUAGCGAUACUCGCCGCUCUGAUAGGGGUGCGACAGGUGGAGACGCUCUCUCUAGUAGGCCGUGGGCCGGGGCGAGCGGCGCGGAGCUCCUGGACCCUCGGAGAGGGACAGUCUGUAGCAGACUUCCCUCCUCUGAGUGGCGCCUCGAGCCCUGAUUAUGGAUUGGCAAUAGUGUGAGAGGUGAUUUCUUUCUCGCGCGCGUCGCCCGCUGCCUUAGCUUCCGCCGGCCGCUAGUCACAAUCUGUACCGGCAGAUGGCGCUGUCGGCGCUGGCUGGCGAACGACCCAGUUCGACUCAAGGCGAGAACGAGGUCGUAAAUCGAGACUCACUUUCAGUCUGUAGCUUAGAUCAAUGUGCGGUGAUGUGGGUUGUAGACGUCUCUUCGGCGGGGUAUGUGUGCGUUAUUUACCAAUAUUGAGGCUCGUUUGUCCCCCCCCUCCCCCACGGCAAACAGUUGCCGUAGCUGCAGUGUGCCCCUCCCCCUUAGGCGGAUGCCCGUUAUAUUGUUGGUACUAGAGACUUCUAUGGUGCGCGUUGUAUUUGACUUGGUUUUACCCGUAGACGCAGGCUGCUCUGGUUUUGAUAUAGGUUCGGCCUUGCUAAUUGGUGUUGUGGUCAGCUCUUAUCUGUACGCGAUCGGCGCGGUGUUUCGGCCCGUUAAAUUACAAUAAAUGACCCUAAAUUAAA